AUGACGCUGCAUGAAGCCGUCGAUGUGCAGCGUGGUCGCCGCCCACGAUCAGAUGGUAAUCGCAGCUUCAGACGGGACUCGCGCAUCUCCCUGGACCUAGAUUCUCCACAGGCGCCAGAGGGCAGUCCGCGCGAUACGACCAUGUCCAGUAGCAUGUCGUCGCAAGAGGUGCCGUACGACUUGGUACCGCCAGACCGCCGCGCGCAUGCGAUGCCUGGCACUAGUCCGAAUGACGCAGCCCAUCUCAAAAGGGCGUUUGAUGAUGUGCCAACAACUCUCGCCGAUAACAUUUCACUGCGACAGCCAUACCGCUGUCUUGACUCCGUAUUGCCAUAUUUACACGGGAUUCUGACCCCAGAAGAGGCAUCGGAGAUGCUCGAGAUCUAUUUCAAUGAACAGCACAGCUCUGUUUUUAAAUCGACUUCGCCUUAUGCUCUGGCGCAUAUCUUACAUCCCGAGUCGGUCCUGCAUGCCACCGACCCGCGUCCGACAUCCCCCACUCUGCUGGUAGUCAUCCUCUUUUGUGUGGCACAAACGGCGGAUAUGAAGAUUUUCGACCCUCCGGGGGCCAGAGAGCGCAUUAGCGUGGAACUCUAUCGUAUUUCAAUGGAUCUGUUCGAGCCAGAAGAUCCAGACAACUAUUUUCGGACAUCUGGUAUGUAA